AUGGGGGCUGUUUUUAACGGUAUAAUCCUCGGGAUCACAGGGCUUUCUCUUUUCCCACUCGGAGAAUACUUUUUUCCCCCCAAGAAAGUGGCUAAUACUGUUGUUCGUGUUGCGGCUGGCUUGUCUCAGCCGCGCCAGCAUAACGUCGCUAGUACUGGGGGAACAACGCCGAAUGUGGCUUUGUUUAAUGAGAAUGGGGAGAGAAUCGGUUUCCUAAGCGGCCAGAGGCAUGGGGUUAUCAAUGACGGAAACUUUGGUGACAUUGUUGUCGCUCCCAUCGAUUCUAAAAACAACAAUCCAGCCACAUAUAUUUCCCUAAGUGCAUCAUCAAGCGAUGCCAUCUGCAUUGCAUACGUCGCUGUGACACAUCCCAGCGGGGAAUACUGGGCCUUUUCUGGGGAUAGCGCAGUUAGCUGCGGAGCAGCCUGGUACCUCUCCAACCUCGAAAUGCAGGGAGAUGACGAAAAUAAAGUACACAAGCCAAAGUGCUUUUGGAUCGAUGGUCCGGGAGAUGACGGAAAGGUGACCAAUAAUUUCCCCCAGGGAAUCGGCAUUCACCUAACCGACUUUGUGGGAAGCAAAGCACGAUCGGAAGAAUACCAAGCGAACAAGGACGCGAUGUGCAAAAGCCGCCCUAGACUCCACAUGUACAAAGAGUUAACUGAGCUGAAUUGUUUGCCAAUUUUCAACCCACCACUUAGCUAUGAUCCUGAAAAUCGCGACAAGGAUAUCAAGGCCGCAUUAUCAGACGGCGAAGUCAUGUGCAAACCGGGGCCGGAUCAAAAGCCAACAGCAAGUGAUAUAAUCCAUCUCCGGAAAUUUAGCUCAGGCCGAUUUUCAGUCCCAACUUACGGAGUGAAGCGCAGAAUCGUGGAGUUAAGUGAGAGGGAAGAAAAGGCACCGGGGCGUGCUUGUUUCACUGACGAUAUAGUAAUCAGCGACUCCAUGGGUGCAAAGGAACUUUGUGAUGAUCCUAACUCUCAUGGGCCUGACUUCGUCUCUAUAAAGGAAGGGUAUUAUUGCGAUAUGUGUUCACAUGAGCUUUUCCCUCUCUGCCACAAAAGCGCGGCCGCGGCGAAAAAUCAAAGGGGCUGUUUUGACGUUGACACCAAGAAGAUGCGGUACACUGGGGAUAUAGCUGCCCGUGGAAACGGUACAAUCGUCCCCGAUAAGAGUUACCAGAGAGUUAGAGUAUGGAAGUAG